GUCAGUUAAGAACAAAUUCUUAUUUUCAAUGACGGCCUAGGAACAGUGUUCAGGGGCAGAACGACAGAUUUGUACCUUGUCAGCUCGGGGGUUUGAACUUUCAACCUUCCGGUUACUAGUCCAACGCUCUAACCACUAGGUUACCCUUUCUCUCUCUUUCUCUCACUCCCAGGAGAAGUAUCCAUGUGUGGUCAGUCUACCCGGAGGCUGCAGGGCAGAGGCCAUGCAGAUCAAGUCACCUAAACUAGCCGGGUGUGCUCUGACGAUCUACUGGAGCAUUGAGGUGACCAAUGAGGGGGAAAUCACACCCAAGAUAGACCUCCUUACCAAGAUGCCUGAGAAGGCGCUCGAGAUGGACAGCAGGAAGGUGAUCGAGAAUGCCCCCGACUCCUUCCAGAGUCUUCUGAGGAUCCUCGGAGCAGAGGCUUCUAUUGACACUGUAAUACAGUCCGUGGCUGUUUAACACGUUUCUUUCCAACUUUAAAGGAAUAUUUCCCUCAAAACUAAAAACUAAACAAACAAAAUAAUGUUUUUAAUUGUCUGAAGACUUGGUCAAGAAACCUCCAGAACCCACAUUCUCUGUCAUCAGUUUAUUAAAUAUAAACAAUUCUUUACUCUCAAACAUUUAUAAAUAUCUGUUAAUGCCAUCUGUAUGUAUACAUGUCAAUAUAGCAUUAGUUGAAGAUCUAGAAAAAUAAAAAGAUUAUAAAUACAAAAUGCUAAAUAGCAACGUCCAAUGUAAUUUGUUUAUACUGUACACACAAGUGUUAUCUUAGGUCUCACAGUGUUAUCUUAGGUCUCUCAGUGCGUGUGAUUUAGUUUUAGUCUAAAAUGGCACCCAAUUCCCGACAUAAAAUGCUCUCCUUUUCAUCAGUCCUAUUUCAUUUAACCAGGUAA